AUGAGCGACACCGCAGAUUUCGGAAUCAGUUUGAUGGAUUUGCGCAAAACCUCGACUAAUCGAUGUAUUCAAAGACUUUCCGAUAGUAUGGGAGCCCUGCAGAUUUGGGUUUUGGUGAGUUUAGGGAUUUUUUGGGACAAAAAAUUGAGUUUUUCUUUGGGGUUUUGACUUUUUUUUAUUUUUCGAAUUAAAAAUAUUUUUAAAAAACUUUCAGGAAUCGAUAUUUUUACGGUUAACCCAAAAAUUCCAAAAAAUGAAAUGUUAAAUUUUUUUUCAGACUUUCAUUUUCAUCGACAUUUUCAUGUUGAUGCUCACCUUCCUGAUGAUGACCUGGGAAUACACGGAGCGAGUCAAGACCAAAAAAUGCAAACAAAAAGCGCAUCCGACAGUUUUGACGCGCGGAAUGCUCGAAGCACUGAAAGCGGCUCGAAAAAGAGCCGUCGCUAAAGCCAAUCAGGUGGAGUAUAAGCCUGAACUCUUUGGUGAGCUCUUUUGUGAAGAAAAAAAGGAAAAAAAUUACCAUUUUUAAAAAAUUUUUUUCCAUUUUUUCAGCCGUGGAUCCCGACAAAACGAUUGUGGAAUACAACGCCGAGAUGACCGACGAAGAGUACGCGGCGGUGUUGGCGAAGAAGAAGCAGGAAGAGCACACGGCACAAGGCCUGACGGAGGAACACACCGCCAGAAUGGGAGGAGAGGACACGCUCAAAGCCAUAACGACCGUAAAGAAGCCGGAGGCGGUUAAAAGCAAAAGUCUUACACGAAAAAAUGAGCCGCAGCUUCUUGAAAGCCAAAGUUUUGCACACAGCAGCGAUGGCAAGGCCGGCAGCAAGAAGGGAGCGACCAAAGAUGAGAAAAAAUUAGCGUGA